UAUAAAUUGAAAGCCCGCUCUAGGGACCGGCAUCAGUCGCAGCCUCAAGCUCAUCCAGCCCAGUCGCUCAAAACCACAAACAAUAACCAAAAUGAAAUUCCUGAUUGUGUUCGCCCUGUUCGCCUGCGCGGCCGCCGAUGUCAGCCACCUGAGCAAGUACCUGCCCCCUAGCAACGAGUACCUGCCCCCCGUCCAGAACACCUACUCGGCCCCGGCCAUCCAGCAGACCUACUCGGCCCCGGCUGUCCAGCAGACCUACUCUGCUCCCUCGGUGAGCUACUCCGCCCCGGCUGCUCCUUCCGUGAGCUACUCUGCCCCCUCGGUCAGCUACUCCGCCCCCAGCAACGAGUACCUUCCCCCCGUCCAGCAGACCUACUCCGCUCCCGUCGUCCAGAAGACCUACUCCGCUCCCUCGGUUAGCUACUCUGCUCCAGCUGCUCCCGCCGUGAGCUACUCUGCUCCCUCCGUCAGCUACUCUGCUCCUUCCGUGAGCUACUCUGCUCCUUCCGUCAGCUACUCUGCUCCCUCCGUCAGCUACUCCGCCCCGGCUGUCCAGCAGACCUACUCCGCUCCCUCGGUGAGCUACUCCGCCCCCGCUGUCCAGCAGAGCUACUCCGCUCCUUCCGUCAGCUACUCGGCUCCCUCCGUCAGCUACUCGGCUCCCGCCGUCGAUGUGGGAACCCAGUACGCCUCCAACGGCGGCUACGUCUACAGGAAGUAAGAGGCCUGCACCCAAAUACUGAUCCAGUGUAAAUAAAUACUGCCACAAAUUCACUUUUUUUUUAAAAAAACAUCUUUUGUAAAAUGUUGUCAACGAAAUUCAAUAAAACCAUAAUUUAACAACGAAAA